ACAAACAUGAAUCCACAGCAAUUUUCUCUACGGUGGAACAAUUAUACUUCCUACAUAGCCGGAGCAUUUGACUCACUGCGCUAUGAAGAAGACUUCGUAGAUGUGACGUUGUGUUGCGAAGGGCGCAAGAUACGCGCUCAUAAAAUUUUGCUAUCGGCUUGCAGUCCAUACUUCAAGGACGUAUUCAAGGAGAAUCCUUGUCAGCAUCCUGUCAUAAUAUUCAAAAAUGUGCGCUACACGGACCUGAUGUCACUGGUGGAGUUUAUGUACCAGGGUGAGGUGAGCGUGCCGCAGGAACAACUUCCAUCCUUCCUUCAUACAGCAGAGAUACUGGCAAUCCGAGGACUCACGGACAAUACGUCAGAUUCGCGCCAGCCAGCAAGCACCACAACUUCCGCUAUCGCACAGCAGCUGAUACAAAGCCAAGCUGUACUGGACAAAUCUGCUACGAUCACAACAACAGACUCCUUGUACCUAACCUUGCCAUCAAAUUCUACUAUAGUCCAUCAACCGAAGCUUGUACAACAAAUACAAACGACUCCGAUCAUCACUAAACCUCUUAUCAAACCAUCGCCCCCCGAAAUGCCCGCCCUGACCGCCUCAACAACCACCCUGGCUGUACCAAUCGCGCAACAACAACAGCAACCUACAAUCGCCAAAAUUCAGGUACAAGCAUCGUCACAGCAACAGCAGCAACCGGUACAAGUACAGGUUCAGCAAGUAGCCGUGCAGCAACAGGUACAGCAGACGCAGCAGUCACAACAGAACCAGCAACAGACAACAUCCCAGGUUCAAACACAACCACAACACCAAACUACUCAAGCGACUACAUUGCAAGAGGUGGUAGACAACGUCGUUCAGCCUAGAAAGAAAAAAGUUAAAGGCCAACAAAUCACGUCUCAGUCAAAUACUUCAGUUCCUUCUGGAUCGACGGUAACAGUUACAUCGACAACCUCGGGACAAUCGGGUGAAAAUGAAAUAUACGAGACGGAAACAUAUACUAUCUCAACGAAAGAUGGACGAGUGCAACAAGAACAUGCUGAACAGUAUACAGAAAAUGGCCAAACAUCUGGUUCUGCGUUGAAGAUGGAAAUUCCGGAGUUUAUCAGCGUCGGAGAGCCGAUUAAUUCUGGUAACGGCUCAAAUAAUACGUUCCUCCAAGAAAGCUAUGAACUGGUGCCAGAAAACAUUGAAGAAAAGGAUGACGACGAAGAUAUGGCGCAGGACAAUAUUGAGAUCGAAGGCUCGGAAAUGGAUAUGAGUCGCAUUUUUCAAGGAUCAACCGAUGAGCAGACAAAAUCUAAUAUUUUACAAGCAAGUAUGGAAAAAUUAUUGGUUGUCUCCGACGAAAAGCUGCAUAAGUGUCCCGAAUGCCGACGUACAUUCUGCUCAAUGAAUGCAAUGAAGCGACACAGGCAGGCCAAACACUUUGCAUUGCAGGAUUCCUAUGUCUGCGCCAUGUGUGACGCUCGGUUCAAAACAAAAUGGUCGCUGUCAACACAUAAGUCCAAAUACCAUCGGAGUCAAACCACGACGGGCACUAUCGAAACAGGCGACAGCACUGUCGCGACCGCAACCAAGACCGCAUCAAAUACACAGAAAAGGCAUACGACUGCAACAAUGGUGACGCGCGUCAAGACUCUCCGUGUGACAACGGAACAUACGUAA